CAGUUCAUCCAGAGUGUGUGUGUGUGUGUUCUCUGUGUGUGUGUGGGUGUAGGCUGGGCUGUCUGCUGUCACAACGUUUUACCUCCCCCCAUUGCCUGGGAUCUGUCAGAGUGUGGAUCCAUCAUCCUCCACUCACUGCAACUGUCACCCUGCCACUGCCAGCCACAGAUACAGUCCAUCUGUGACACUGAUUUUGUCUUUAAUAUUGGUGCUGGUGGCAUCUAAUGGCAC